CCUUGGCGUAUUAUAUUGGAUCGUAACAUAAGCUUCCUAGCUCAUACAUAGACUAGAACAUAAAUUUAUUAAAUGAUUUAAUAAAUUAGCUAAAAAACUGAGAAACUUGUAAUGUGUAAUUCGAGGAACUUACACUACAGAUGCCACAAAUAAAAUAUUGAUUUUGAUAUUAAUAAACAAAAUUUACAGUAUCAGGCAUGAAUGUAUACUUACGCAAAAUGUGUGCAUUAAUAGCAAGUUCAUAUUCUCAAGAAGCCCGGGAAAUGACGGAAACCCUUCCAUGAUCCGACGACAUAUUAUGUUACAUAGGUACAAGAUGUGGCAACAAAAUCAGCGCAACAGCUAUACAUCGACCGUCAUUCCUAGCAGUCAAACAUUGGUGUUCAUUGUGAAUGUACGGUGUUGCAGUGAUUAAAUUCAAUCUUGAUAGAAAGUUGAAAUAAUGUACGUUCUGCUAUAAUUUUAAGUACACAUAUAUAUGAGCACAUAAAUAUAUUUUUAUAAAUCAGAUGAUCUAUUGCUUGUUUGUAAGUUGAGGUGUUACCUUUCGUCCGAGUUGGUACUACUACGCUGUACCGCAAAAUAAAAAUGUAGCGAGACGACUCAUGUUUCAUUCUCGACUGUCGAUUCUCGAGUCAUGUUAUACAACCGGUUCAGUUGCUCAGUUGCGAGUGUGCGGAUAAACCAAACUUAAUUUCCAAAGGCAGAAACUGUUAUCAAAUCUUUAUACACGGGCAGAAAAGUUUCGCUGUUUCAUCGCGAUGUCGAUGAAAAGGAUGUCUAUAUCAUACUUAAUGCGCGCCUAAAAUCGUGUAGAUGAUGCGGCAAAUCGUGAAAAGAGCAGAAUAAAUUGCCAAGUAAAAAAUAUUCUUGAAAAACUUCAUCUAUUAAUCGUUGAAGGCAAACUAUCUUGUCGUCUAUAUUCUUCCUCGAGUACAUCUCUGCGCGUCAAAAAUGCAUGGUAUUACGGAGAGGACGCCUUUAGCUAGACGUACGGAUUCCCCCGACUACGUCGAAUUCGCCAGUCUCUUGAGAACUCGAAGAACGCGAUUGCGACAGUUCCAAUGCUGCAUUUGCGGUAUUCUGAUAGUGGUCUUCACCUUGGCUGUAGUGAUAUUCAUCAGUUACUCCAUGAGUCAUCCUAUCUCAAUCGAUCCCGCGAUCGAUAAUGCAACACUUUCUGGAAAUUUAGGUGACGGUCUAAGACUAGGAUUCGCACCUGGUUCUGCCUCGCAUGCGUCCUUCAGUAGCACCGUUAGUGCUACGUCCGAACCCGGCUCCGUUCUGGUAUCCAAUAUCGUCGACACUUUGAUGAAAAAUAUUAGUCGGCAGGAGUAUAUGCAAGGAUUACGAGCUGGCGAACAGGCGAUGAAAAGACGCCUGCUAGCAGAUAAGAUCGUUGCAAAGACUCCACUGCCGUCUCCAUCCCCAGAAUCCAGGCACCGAUAUGUGGUGAGCACGAGUCCUAACGUUAGUGUUCUUGCCUUAGCAGCCGUAGGUGAGAUCGCGGCGACGAGGAUGAUCGAGAAUAUGAGGUCUGCCAACGACGAACCAUCGGCGAUCAACUCGUUCUUCGACAGCGGCUGGGUACCAAAAGGCGUGUGCAAACAAUAUAUCGAUCACAUCACAUGUAAUCUCGAUAAAUACCGAACCAUCGACGGUAGCUGUAACCGACCAAGAGGAUGGGGCUCCAGCAUGAUGCCCUUCAGAAGAGUCUCGCUACCUGAUUACGCCGAUGGUAUCGAAUCGCCUCGAAAGGCACGGUCGGGACGGGAGUUGCCCUCGGCUAGAAAGGUCAGUCUAACAGUGCACAAUCCUUCAGCCAGCACCGAUCCAUCCUUCACGGUAAUGUUGGCUGUAUUCGGCCAAUUCUUGGAUCACGACAUCACCGCUACCGCGCUCAGUCAGGGUGUUAACGGGAGCUCCAUAGCUUGUUGCCCUCCGUCAGAAGAACAUCCCGAGUGCUUCCCCGUGCAAGUGGGGGUUGGCGAUCCCGUGUAUGAUUUAACCGGCCGUACGUGCAUGGAUUUCGUGCGGUCCGCACCAGCUCCGCAGUGCAAGCUCGGACCUAGGGAGCAGCUUAAUCAAGUCAGUGCCUUCAUCGACGGCUCGGCCAUUUACGGUCCCGAUACCGAGAUCGCCCGCGAUUUGCGUGAGUUCACCGGCGGUCGCUUGAAGAUGCAGCUCACUCCGGAUAACAGAACUCUGCUGCCGGCGAGCAGGGACCUCGACGACGGCUGCAAUCGAGAAAUUGAGCAACGUCGAGGCCGCUACUGCUUCGCCGCGGGCGAUGCCAGGGCGAAUGAAAACCUGCACCUGACUACGAUGCAUCUCCUCUGGGCACGACAGCAUAACAGGAUCGCGAGGGAAUUGGCCAGGAUCAACCCCGGCUGGAACGACGAGACUCUUUAUCAGGAAACACGACGCAUUGUCGGCGCUCAGCUGCAACACAUCACCUAUCGCGAGUUUCUGCCAAUCGUCCUGGGCGACGAGAAGAUGAAGGAGUACAAUCUGACGCCCCUCGGUUCAGGCUACAGGAAGCGAAUGCACGAUCCAGACGAUCUGCAGGAUGAUCCAACGAUAGCCAAUCAUUUCGCCGCCGCGGCAUUCCGUUUCGCUCACACUCUACUACCGGGUCUGAUGAAGAUCACCGACGCUGAGAAGGGCACGUCGUCGUACGUGGAGUUGCACAAGAUGCUCUUCAACCCGUACAGUCUCUAUGCUGAAGGCGGUGUCACACGUUCAGUGAACUCGGCCACGACCAAUGCCAUCCAGAAGUACUCUACGCACGUCACCUCACAGUUGACUAAUCAUCUCUUCGAGGAUCCUAUAGUCAACGAUACUUCCACGGUGCCUUGCGGCCUGGACUUGGUGUCGUUAAACAUCCAACGAGGACGAGAUCAUGGAUUACCGGGUUACACCGCGUGGCGGGAAUACUGCGGACUGGGAAAAGCGAAAACGUUCAAUGAUCUCGCGGGACACUUGGAUCCUCAGGCCCUAAAACAGAUAUCGACGCUCUACGAGUCUGUUGAGGAUGUAGAUUUGUACACUGGUGCCUUGGCGGAGAUACCGAGGUUGAACAACUUGAUCGGGCCCACGUUCGCGAGCUUGAUUGCCGAUCAGUUCGCGCGUCUGCGGAAUGGAGACCGCUUCUGGUAUGAGUCCGCCGAACAACCGUAUCCCUUCGCAGAAGAUCAACUGAUGGAAAUACGCAAAAGUUCACUGGCGAAGUUAAUAUGCGAUUGUUCAGACGGAAUCACGCAUUCUCAAAUGGAAAUUAUGCGUUCCGUCAGCCCGGACAAUCCUUUAGUAUCCUGUGAAGACAUACCAGGACCGUCCUUUGCAUCAUGGAGAGAAGACAGUUCAUUGUCGUCGUAAUUAAACUUUAUAAGCAGCUUUAUAAGAGUAAAGUUUGUACGUAAGUUUCUUUUAUAAAUCAAUACAUUAUGCAAUAAAACAAUUAAUACAAACGAAUGUUAUGUAUAACACCGGUUUGCAUAGUUAUUAAUUGUUAUUGCAAAAUAAAUUGAUUCAUGAGAAAACUUUAGCAAAUACAUUUUGCGAUAUUUUGCAUAUUAAUUCUCAAAUAAACAGC